CAAGAAACCCGCCAUAAACCACCACCACCUUGCGCUCCCUAAAUCUCGCCGCAAUGCAGCACCUCGGUGUCCUCUUUGUGGCUCUCCUCGUCGCGCCGCUCGCCGUCGCGUGGCGCCCGUGGCCGCCGCGCAACGGCACGGGCGAGGACGUCGCGGGGGUCGGCGCGUCCAAGAAGUUCGAGGGCUCGUCGGAGUUCGUGAAGCUGGAGUACCACAUGGGCCCCGUCCUCGCCGCCGUCAUCACCGUGCACCCCAUCUGGUACGGCCCGUGGCCCGUCGCGCAGAAGCGCACCAUCCGCGCCUUCCUCCGCUCCCUCUCGCCGUCGUCCGAGGAGGAGAAGGCCAUCCCGUCUCCGUCCGUGGCCGCGUGGUGGCGCACGGUGCGGCUGUACACCGACCAGACCUCGGCGAACGUGUCGGCGGUGGUGACGCUGGGGCAGGAGAAGUCAGACGCGCGCAUGUCCCACGGCGCGCGGCUGUCGCGGAUGGACAUCCAGUCCGUGGUCCGGGACGCGGUGACCGCGCGCACGCGGCCGCUCCCCGUGGACUCCGGCGGCGUGUACCUAGUGCUCACCUCCCCGGAGGUGCUGGUGGAGAACUUCUGCGGCACCGUGUGCGGCUUCCACUACUUCACCUUCCCGUCCGUGGUGGGGUACACGCUCCCCUACGCGUGGGUCGGCAACUCCGCGCGGCGGUGCCCGGAGGUGUGCGCGUACCCGUUCGCCAUCCCGUCCUACGUUCCUGGGCGGAGGCCCGAGUCGCCGCCCAACGGCGACGUGGGCGUGGACGGCAUGGUGAGCGUCAUCGCCCACGAGCUGGCCGAGAUGGCGUCCAACCCGCUCGCCAACGCGUGGUACGCGGGGACCGAUCCGUCGUUCCCGACGGAGAUCGCGGACCUGUGCGAGGGGAUCUACGGCACCGGCGGCGGCGGGGCGUACACGGGGCAGCUGCUGACGGACGGGCGGUCCGGCGCGUCGUACAACGUGAACGGCGCCGGCGGGCGCAAGUUCCUGGUGCAGUGGGUGUGGAACCCCGUCGUCAGCUACUGCUCCGGCCCCAACGCGCUCGAUCAGUAGCAGCGCCGCGCUGCCCUAUAGCUAUCCAUCAUCUAGUAGUGUUCCUCCAUGGAUUGGAUUUCUUUCGAAAUCCAUGAACCUUUUUUGUAUAGCGUUAAUCGGGUGAAGGAAGGUGGCGAGCAGAGCAGGGGGUGUUGGAUGAAGCAUGUUUGAGGAGACUUUGGAUUUUGAGAUUAUCUUGCGGUUCUUUUGGCCUUGGUUUAUUUGAAUUUCGAUUGAUUUUUCUCGUGGCCAGGGGCAAGACGUUCAGGAGCAUGCCAAUGUGUACGAAAAGGUCUUUUGUGCUUUAUGCUCUCGAAUGUUUAGUGCAUUGCAGUACACUAGUCCAAACAAUAAUCUAUAACACCGCAGAGAAAAGCCUGUGCCAGUACAUGCAAUGGCCACUAAUCACGGAGACGAGAUCACGUCGCUCGUGAUCGAGCAGUUUGGUGUGCAAUGCAACAGUAGUACAGAGCAAUGAUUCAUUGGGAGAGUGAUUUGUUGGGUAGUGCACUAGGCUUUGAGUCAGAUAUGCGUCCAUCGUUGUGCGUCCUUGCUUCACAGAAUCACUGUGUUUGUAGGGGUGGGCAAUGCAUUAUUGGCCUUAAAAAAUACUCCCAGUAGGGAG